CAGGGACAGGGAGAGGCGGAGGAGAGAGAAAAAAAAAAUCUACCCGAACUGAGCAACAACAGCGAGGGAGAGUCAUACAGAGAAAACAGGCAUUUCAAAGCGAAAGCUAUGGUCUAAGUCGCCCCGAGAAAAGGAAUUUAAAUGAAAAUAAACUGCCGGCGAAACCGUAACCCCACCCGGGCGCCCCCCUCCUCAGCAUCUGUCGCUGCCACCGAGAUGCACACGGAGGUUCCGAAGAACAAGAAAAGCACAGCCAAUCCCAAGGAUUCCUUUCCCAGCAGCACACUGACGCCUGAGGGGAUGCCAGCCAUAGAAGUCAAGCUGGAGCCCAUAGAACCGGGAGCUUCGUACGAGCGGGCGGCAGAGACAGCCCAGCCAGCAGAGGGCGCCGUGAAGAUGGAGUCCUCGGCUUCCUCAUCCUCACCCCCACCUCCCCCGCUCUGUGAAAUCAAAGCGGAGCCCCCGGAGGAGCUGCUUUCCAGUGACCAGACCGAACCCGUUGACCUGUCCCUGAACAAGCCCCGUCCCUCGCCUCCAGUCUGCUUCACUCCUUCAGUCACGCACAACCCCCCACCCCUCACCAUGGGCUCCACUAUCCCCGCGGUCCUCUCCCCUGGCUCCAUCCUGGCCUCCACACAGGGGGCGGACGGCCAGCAGAUCCUGCAUGUCAUCCACACCAUCUCCUCCGUCAACCUGCCCAGCAAGAUGGGCGGCCUGCAGACCCUCCCGGUGGUGGUGCAGUCGAUGCCCGUGGUCUACAGCACGUUGCCCAGCGACGGACUGACAGGCUCCAUCACAGUGCCCCUCAUCGGCAGCGACGGCAAAUCCGAGGGAUCGGUUCGGAUCAAGCCUGGGUCCGCCUCCCCGGUAGAGAUCAACAGCGACAGUGACACAGAGAGUGGCACAGAGACCAGUGCCACUUCCUACCACCCAUUGCAUUCUGGGAUAGGCUCCACCCCACACCAGCAGGCCCCAGGGUCUCCAGAGAUGAAGAGGAGGCGUGUCCACCAGUGUGACUAUGACGGCUGCAACAAAGUGUACACCAAGAGCUCUCACCUGAAGGCACAUCGCCGCAUACACACAGGGGAGAAGCCAUACCACUGCACAUGGGAGGGAUGCACGUGGAAGUUUGCCCGCUCCGAUGAGCUGACGCGACACUUCCGCAAGCACACCGGGAUCAAGCCCUUCCGCUGCUCCGAUUGCGACCGAAGCUUCUCGCGCUCCGACCACCUAGCUCUGCACCGGCGCAGACACGUCAUGAUGUGAUGGGUGGGGCCUCUGCACACACCACGCCCACAUGGGGACAGCUCCACUUGCCCUGGGGGAGGGAGGGAAUUGUCAGCUGUACUGAACUGGAGGGGUAAAGACCGUGACUCCACCUGUUUCCUGAAGUGGGUGGGUCCUGCAGGAAGGAGGCGGGGUUUGUAUCCGUUAGCAACGGGAGUGUUCUGGUCCCCUCUGCUGUCAAAGAUGCUGGCCUGUGUGUCACUCAGCAGUUGCCAUCUUCAUUAUUUUGGAAACUAAAUUGAAACCAGUAGGAGUGAGUAGAUAAGGAAAGGGCAGGGCCAAACAACAACAACAACAAAAA